AUGGCACCAAACAAGUCCAUGGAUGGGGAUAAAAAUCUAACUUUCGUGGCCACGUUUGUUUUCCUGGGACUCUCAGAUGAAAAAGAGCUGCAACUUAUCCUCUUUCCAAUCUUCCUAGGGAUCUAUCUUGUAACUCUAACCUGGAAUCUGGGUCUUAUCUGCCUCAUCAGAAUGGAUUCCCACCUCCACAUACCUAUGUACUUUUUUUUCAGUUUCUUGUCUUUUAUUGAUAUCUCUUACUCGUCUUCUGUCAGCCCAAGGAUGCUUUCAGAUUUCUUAAAGAUUGAAAAAACAAUCUCCUUCAUAGCCUGUGCCACCCAGUAUUUUGUUGGGUCCUGGAUGGGUCAGGCUGAGUGCUGCCUCUUGGCUGCCAUGGCCUAUGACAGAUAUGUUGCUAUUGGUAGCCCCCUGCACUACUCAGCCAUCAUGGCUCCUGGCCUCUGUGAGAACAUGAUUGCUGGGGCUUUUGGGAGUGGUUUCCUUGGUAGCUUAGUUCAAACGGUCCCUUGCUUUCACCUCUACUACUGUGGGCCAAAUGUGAUUCAUCAUUUCUUCUGUGACCUUCCUCAGAUUAUUUCCUUGUCUUGCUCCAAUCCCUUCACCAGCCAAAUGAUACUUUCUUUAGUAGCUAUUCUUUUUGGGUUGGGUUCUUUGCUUGUUAUCCUCUUAUCCUAUGGUUUCAUAGCAGUUUCCAUUCUGAAAAUAUCCUCCAUCAAAGGUAGUGCCAAGGCGUUCAAUACCUGUGCCUCCCACCUGGCAGUUGUGACACUCUUCUAUGGCACAGGUCUCUCCGUGUACCUGCUUCCUAGCUCUGGCCACCCCAAGAAGCAGGACAAGGUCCUGUCAGUGUUCUAUGUUGUCCUUAUUCCCAUGUUAAACCCUCUUAUAUAUAGUUUGAGGAACAAUGAGAUCAAAGAAGCCCUCAGGAGAAUGAUAAAGAGGGAAACACAUUUACCUCAGUAA